CUUCCCCUGGCAACUGCUGGUCUUUGCGCCCUUGUCUCCCCCCUCCGCCCUUUGCAAGGCCGGGCAGACUCCGGCUCUCAGGUAAUUAUUGCCAACCCGGCCCCCCGGGAAGCGGGGGUGGGCGCGCCGGCGCGGGGUGGGCGGCGCGGUGGGGCGCGAGCAUAAAGGGAUGGCGCGGGGCCCCGGGGCCCGGAUCACAAGCAGCAUGCCGGCCCGCGCCCCGCCACGCUGUCCGCGGUCGCCACCGCUGCCGCCGCUGCUGCUGCUGCUGGCCCUGGGCGGUCGCCUUCUGCGCGCUGAGCCUGGAGACGGUGUGCAGACUUGGGCCCGCUUCGCGCGCCCUCUGGCCCCCGAGGAUGCUGGCCUCCUCCACGACACCUUCCCCGACGGCUUCUUCUGGGCUGUGGGCACCGCUGCCUACCAGAUAGAAGGCGGCUGGCGGCAGCACGGCAAGGGCGAGUCCAUCUGGGACGCGUUCACCCACUCACCCCCAACACUCCCAGGAGACCCCCCGGUAGCUGGUCUGCCGUCGGGUGCCCUGUCAGAGUCCUUGCCCGCCACCGGGGACGUGGCCAGCGACAGCUACAACAACGUCUUUCGCGACACGGAGGGACUGCGUGAGCUCGGGGUCACCCACUACCGCUUCUCCAUCUCGUGGGCUCGAGUGCUCCCCAAUGGCAGCGCCGGCAACCCCAACCGCGAAGGGCUGCGCUACUACCGACGCCUGCUGGAGCGGCUGCGGGAGCUGGGAGUGCAGCCUGUGGUCACCCUGUACCAUUGGGACCUGCCCCAGCGUCUGCAAGACGCCUACGGCGGCUGGGCCAACCGCACCUUGGCGGACCACUUCAGGGAUUUCGCCGAGCUCUGCUUCCGCCACUUUGGCGGCCAGGUCAAGUACUGGAUCACUAUCGACAAUCCCUACGUGGUGGCCUGGCAUGGCUACGCCACUGGGCGCCUGGCCCCCGGCGUCCAGGGUAGCGCUCGGCUCGGGUACCUGGUGGCGCACAACCUCCUGUUGGCUCAUGCCAAAAUCUGGCAUCUCUACAAUACUUCUUUCCGUCCAACUCAGGGGGGCCAGGUGUCCAUUGCCCUAAGUUCCCACUGGAUCAAUCCGAGAAGAAUGACAGACCACAAUAUCAAAGAAUGUCAAAAAUCUCUUGACUUUGUUCUAGGCUGGUUUGCCAAACCCAUAUUUAUUGAUGGUGACUAUCCUGAAAGCAUGAAGAAUAAUCUUUCAUCUCUUCUGCCUGCUUUUACUGAACCUGAGAAAAAGUUCAUCAAAGGCACAGCUGACUUUUUUGCUCUUUCCUUUGGACCAACCUUGAGUUUUCAACUGUUGGACCCUCGUAUGAAGUUCCGCCAAUUAGAAUCUCCCAGCCUAAGGCAAUUGCUUUCCUGGAUUAACCUUGAAUAUAACCACCCUCAAAUAUUUAUUGUGGAAAACAGCUGGUUUGUCUCAGGGACCACCAAGAGAGAUGAUGCCAAAUAUAUGUAUUACCUCAAAACGUUUAUAAUGGAAACUUUAAAAGCCAUCAGGCUGGACGGGGUGGACCUCAUUGGGUACACAGCGUGGUCCCUCAUGGACGGCUUUGAGUGGCACAGAGGCUACAGCAUCAGGCGUGGACUCUUCUAUGUCGACUUUUUGAGCCAGGAUAAGAAGUUGUUGCCAAAGUCUUCAGCUUUGUUCUACCAACAGCUGAUAGAGAAAAACGGCUUCCCUCCUUUACCUGAAAAUCAACCCCUAGAAGGCACAUUUCCCUGUGACUUUGCUUGGGGAAUUGUUGAUAACUACAUUCAGGUUGACACCACUUUGUCUCAGUUUACCGACCCGAACGUUUACUUGUGGGAUGUCCACCACAGUAAGGGGCUCAUUAAGGUGGACGGCCUUGUGACCAAGAGGAGGAAACCUUAUUGUGUCGACUUUACUGUCAUCAGGCUCCAGAUCGCCCUACUCCAGGAAAUGCGUGUGACACAUUUCCACUUCUCGCUGGACUGGGCCCUGAUCCUGCCUUUAGGUGAUCAAUCCCAGGUGAACCGCACGGUCCUGCACUACUAUCGCUGUGUUGCCAGUGAACUCCUGCAUGCCAACAUAACCCCCGUUGUGGCUCUGUGGCGACCUGUGUUUCCGCACCAAGGUCUGCCGGAGCCUCUGGCCAAGCAGGGCGCCUGGGAGAAUCCCCAGACGGCCCUGGCUUUUGCAGAGUAUGCUAGGUUGUGCUUUAAAGAUCUUGGCUCCCACGUCAAGUUUUGGAUCACCAUGAACGAGCCGUACACGCGGAACAUGACCUACAGUGCAGGGCACAACCUGCUGAAAGCCCACGCCCUGGCUUGGCGCUUGUAUGAUGAGAAGUUUAGACGCUCUCAGAAAGGAAAAAUAUCCAUAGCCUUGCAGGCUGACUGGAUAGAACCAGCCUGCCCUUUUUCCCCAAAGGACAAAGAAGUGGCAGAGAGAGUUUUGGAAUUUGACAUUGGCUGGCUGGCAGAGCCCAUUUUUGGUUCUGGGGAUUAUCCACGUGUGAUGAGGGACUGGCUGAAUCAUAGAAACAAUUUCCUUCUACCUUAUUUCACUGAAGAUGAAAAAAAACUCAUACAGGGUUCCUUUGACUUUUUGGCUGUAAGCCAUUACACCACCAUCCUUGUAGACUGGGAAAAAGAAGAUCCAAUAAAAUAUAACGAUUAUCUGGAAGUGCAAGAAAUGACAGACAUCACAUGGCUCAACUCCCCCAGUCAGGUAGCAGUAGUGCCCUGGGGCUUACGCAAGGUCCUGAGUUGGCUAAAGUUGAAAUAUGGAGACCUCCCCAUGUAUAUAAUCUCCAAUGGCAUUGAUGAUGAUCUGCAAGCAGGCCAAGACAAAUUGAGGGUGUACUAUAUGCAGAAUUAUGUAAAUGAAGCUCUGAAAGCCUACAUAUUGGAUGGGAUCAACCUUUGUGGCUACUUUGUGUUUUCAUUUAAUGAUCGCACAGCUCCAAAGUUUGGCCUCUAUCGUUAUGCUGCCAAUCAGUUUGAACCCAAACCAUCCAUGCAACAUUAUAGGAAAAUUAUUGACAACAAUGGCUUCCCAGGUGCUGAAACUCUGGGGAGAUUUUGUCCAGAAGAAUUCACUGUGUGCACCGAGUGCAGCUUUUUUCAUACCCGAAAGACUUUAUUAGCUUUCAUAGCUUUUCUACUUUUUGCUUUAAUUAUUUCUCUUUCUCUUAUUUUUCACUACUCUAAGAAAGGCAGAGGAAAUUACAAAUAGUCCUGAACAUUUUCCUAUUCAAUUAUUUUGAAAUAAUUAUGCACACACGUUAGUUGUUAACCAUUUGCACUUGUCAGUGUUGUGAAGCUAUAGAUUUCAUAUACUGAUUUCUAUAAAACCUUUCUGUGGCAUGUGACAAAGGUUUUCAAAUAAGCAUAGAUGAUUAUAAAAUCUUGAAUAAUGUGAAUAGUGCCUGGACUUGUUUCUCUUUGAGGGGUGAUUAAAAAAACAGACAUCAUUUCUACAAUACACUGUGUAACAAAAGCAUGAGAUAUGACAUCCAUUCUGUAAUAUUUAAUAGAAAUUUAAUGACAAGUUAGGCUAUUUUUAUCUGUGCCCAUUCCUAAAUAUAAUGUUUACUUAAAGUAAUAAUUGCAAGUGUUAGAAUACAAAAUUAAGUCCCAAGUAACCAUCUUCCAACUACCAUGAUAUGCCCAAUGGUCUCUGUCAAGAAGACGAUAGCAUAUAGGAGAGAUGACAAAGCGCCUGUGGCUGGAACAGUUAUUUAAAAAGCAGUGUUUCUGUCAAAUGCUGUUAAUUUACAUAUCUGGUUAAUGAUAUACUUGCCAGAGCAAAUUACAGAACUUUAUAUUUCUAUGUGACUUUCAAGGCAUUCUCUAAACCCUGGGUCCUUGAAGACUUUGUGUCAUAAGGGACUUUUACUGAAUGCUUGCAGAAAAAUAAACAUGACUCAUGAAAUGUUGGGCUCUUCAGGAAGCAUAAAUCGAUUGUGAAGUACAUUAUACUGCAGUAGCUCCAGGAGGAGGGAAGGAGUAAAAAGUACGUAUUAUGAGCAACAUUAUCAUUAAUUUUAUUAUAAACCCUUUCAUUUUAGAACAGACCUUGAAAUGAAUGAGGUGACCUUUCUUGAGAGAAUAAAAACAAAAUAAUAAUUCAUCCUGUGAAGAAUGACUUCACUUUCUGCUAUUUAAAAUGUGCCAUAAUUUCUCUGAGUUGAGUUUUAAGUAUUAAUAGAUUCAAAAGCAUUUGGUCUGAUAACACUGGAAAUUUUUCUUUUGUGAUUGCUGAAGUCUACUUUAUUUAUUUAUUUUGCUGCUACUUCUGUGGGACUAACUUUGAAUUAGUUGUGCUUUGAAUUUUUACACUGAACUAUGCUACUGAUUUCCAGAAAGGGUUAAGUCUUAUCCUCUAAUGCCCUUUAAAUAAGUUUUGCUGAUUUUCAGACAGGAAAAUCUAUUACACUAGAGUUGUAGGUGAUCUUAAUGUUUAUUUUAUAGAUGAACCAACAUUGUGCCAGGCAAGAUAAACCAACAUCAUAUCAGGCAUAACUAAUUUUGCUGACACAGUAAUACAAUGGAUAAGAAAUAUUGUAUUGUAUUAUGUAUCAUCUUUAGGGGUGGUAUGAUAUUUUUCAUUGAAAGGUAAACUUUUGAGUUAAUCUUUUAAAAAUUGUACUUAUUAAAAAUGGAAACUAGAGAAUCAUAGUUUAUUUUAUGUAUGUAUUUUUCUGAUUAGAAGAGUAAUAUAUAUUCAUUGUAAAAAACCACAGAAACCAUAUGUUAAAAAGUGCAUAUUUAGAGUCACAUCAUAUUGUAAAUUAUAUAUCUUUAUUAAUUUUUA